AUGAACCAGAUCCGCGCCAUACAGGCGCUAAACAAGCGCGAGAUCGAGCAGGGCAUCCCGCCCGAGGCUUCGUGGCACGCCGACUACCGCGACACGGCCUUCAUCUACUUUGGCGGUUUACCUUAUGAACUCUCUGAAGGCGACAUCAUCACCAUCUUCAGCCAGUUCGGCGAGCCGGUGUUUCUCAAGCUCGCGCGCGACAAGGAGACGGGAAAGUCGAAGGGGUUUGGGUGGCUGAAAUAUGAGGACCAGCGCAGUACCGACCUGGCUGUGGAUAACCUGAGUGGCGCUGAGAUUGGUGGGCGCUUGAUUCGCGUCGACCAUGCGCGAUAUAAGCUGCGGGAUGAUGAGGACCCAGCUGAGUACGAUGUUAGCUGGGAGGCUAUGGUGCGACGCGAACGCCGCGAGAAAGGGCUGCCAAGCGAGUCGGAAGAGUCGUCUGAAGAUGAAGAAGAGGAGGAGCGCCGGCGACGACCGUUGCUCAAGGAAGAGCGGGAGCUGCAGAUGUUGAUCGAGAAUCACGACGAUGACGACCCGAUGAAGCAGUUUUUGAUAGAGGAAAAGAAGAAGGAGGUCGAAGAGGCACUGCGCAGGGAAGCGAAAAAAGCAGAGAAGAGCAGCCGGAGGCGCCGUCACAGGUCGCAGUCACGGUCCAAGUCCAAAUCCCGAUCUCGGUCGAGGGAUAGACAUCACCGGUCCCAUCGGUCAAGGCGAGACGAUCACGACGACGGCGAGCGCCAUCGGGAAAAAGAUAAAUACCGGGACAGGGAAGACCGCGAUUCUGAUAGGAAACGCCGGUCAAGAGACGAUACUCCGGUCGAGGAAGACAAAGACCGGAAACGCCGCAGAGACACUCCAGACGACCGCCGUGACCGCGAUGACCGUCGGGACAGGGAUCGAUCGAGGGAUAGGGCUAGGGAUAGGGACGGUGACCGCAGGGAGGACUACCGCCGCCAGGAUGAUGGCCGUGAUCGCGAUCGUGACAAACGGCGGCGGCACGCUGAUUCUCCCGAACGCAGUGAGCGGCGGCAUCGUGAUCUAGAAGAUCGCACUCGUCGCCCUAAGGACAGGAGCCGCAGUAGGUCGCCACGGCGCAGAGACUGA